AAUCAGUUCAUAAACGAAUACUUAGGAUAUACCGGUAGCCCACUACGAAGAAAUACAGUUCGUGUAAAACCAUGGCCACGGGUACGCCAAAAACACAGCGCGCUCUCAUUCAAGAGGUAUAUGCCCAGCCUCCAGUCGUUAAGAAAAUCGAUAUUCCAACAGCCACACCAGGGAGUGCUGUUGUCCGCAUUAUUGCAUCCGGAAUCAUAUCGUACAUGAAGGACGUCUACGAUGGAACACGCCAGUAUCCAUAUCCUACCCCAAUGAUUCCUGGGACCAGCGCUAUUGGUCGCAUUGCAGCUCUAGGAGCCGAUGCAACAACCUUGAAUAUCGGUGAUUUAGUCUUUGUUGACUGCGUGAUUCGCGGUCGCGAUGAUCCCGGUUCUAUUUUCAUACUCGGUCUCCACGAAGGUCAUACCGAUGGCAGUCGUAGGCUAAUGCAUGGUGAAUGGCGUCAUGGCACUUUUGCAGAAUAUGCAAAGAUCCCCAUAGAGAACUGCGAUCGCCUUGACGAGAAAGUGCUGCUGGGGUCCAUAGCGGAUGGAGGAUUGAACUACCUACCACGGCAAUUGACAGAAAUUGGACAUAUGCUAGUCCCGUACGGUGGACUCCGAGAUAUAAACUUGCAACCUGGGCAGACAGUAAUUGUGGCACCGGCUACAGGUGGAUUCGGUGGUGCUGCCGUGCAAGUAGCCCUGGCAAUGGGAGCGAGAGUCAUUGCCAUGGGUCGUGAUGCCUCCAAGCUGAAGGAGGUUUCUAAUAAAAUGGCACCGUUAUCACACCGCGGCAUGCUCGAAACAUUGCCUAUUUCCGGCAUUGUUGAGAGUGAUGUCAAAGCAUUGCAAAAGUUUCAACCCAUCGAUGCUUUUUUCGAUAUUUCUCCAGGAGCUGCCAUUAACUCAUCCCACUUUAAAGCAGCCAUUCUGUCCCUGCGUCACGAAGGCCGAGUUAGUCUGAUGGGUGGGUACAAAGACGACAUCCCAAUUCCACACUCGAAGAUUAUGCAUGCAAAUAUCAGACUCCAGGGAACAUGGAUGUGUACCCGAGACGAUAUCAAACAGCUCAUUAAAUUGAUAGAAAGAGGAGUGCUGAGACUGGAUAACUCACAAACCAAGGAAUUUACUUUGGAAAGUUGGGAAGAAGCAUUUGCGUUCGCGAAGACAAGCAAUAUUCCGGCGGUUUUUAUACCAUGAUUGUAUUUCUUAGAGACAAUUCCCAUUUUAGUUCAGAAAUAGCUUGCCCAACGAGUAGCGUUGCAUAUGAAACGCAG